CAAGUCAGAUGCUUAACUGAGCCACGCAGGUGCCCUCGAAAGUCCCUCUGACGGCCCUAGGAGAUAUAUUUUUGUUACCCCAUUUCACAGACGGGACAUUUGAGGCUCAGAGGUAACUGGGUAACAAGAGGGAAACUGAACUCAGGGUGCUCUGAACCAUCAGGUCAGCCUCAGUUGUGCGCCCUCUGCUGGUCACCGUCCAAACCUGCCUGUCCUUUUCUCUUGCUAGUAAAUACUAUGAGAAGGACGCCCUCCUGAUGGACCCAGUGGACGGCCCCAUCCUCGCGUCUUUGUUGGUGGGGCCCUGCGCCCUGGAGUACACCAAGAUGAAGACCGCGGAUCACUUCUGGACGGACCCCUCGGCCGACGAGCUUGUCCAGAGGCACCGCAUCCACAGCUCGCACCUGCGGCAGGACUCACCCACCAAGCGUCCGGCCCUCUGUAUCCAGAAGAGGCAUUCAAGUGGCAGCAUGGAUGACCGGCCAUCCCUUUCUGCCCGUGACUAUGUUGAGUCCCUGCACCAGAACUCCCGGGCCACGCUCCUCUAUGGCAAGAACAACGUGCUGGUUCAGCCGAGGGAUGACAUGGAGGCUGUGCCAGGGUACCUGUCCCUGCACCAGACAGCUGACGUCAUGACCUUGAAAUGGACUCCUAACCAGCUGAUGAACGGGUCGAUGGGGGACCUGGACUAUGAGAAGAGCGUCUACUGGGACUACGCCAUGACCAUCCGCUUGGAGGAGAUUGUGUACCUGCACUGCCACCAGCAAGUGGACAGCGGUGGGACAGUGGUGUUGGUCAGCCAGGAUGGGAUCCAGAGGCCGCCAUUCCACUUCCCCAAGGGGGGACAUCUCCUACAGUUCCUCUCGUGCCUGGAAAAUGGGCUGCUCCCUCAUGGGCAGCUGGACCCUCCACUCUGGUCUCAACGGGGGAAGGGCAAAGUAUUUCCCAAACUGCGCAAGCGAAGCCCUCAGGGUUCUGCCGAGUCCACGUCUUCAGACAAGGAAGAUGAUGAGGCCACGGAUUACGUUUUUAGGAUCAUCUACCCCGGCAUGCAGUCUGAAUUCGUGCCCCAGGACCUGAUGGAUGUCUCCGUGAGCAGCCUACCGCCCUUGUGGCAACCCAGCCCCCGGAAAUCCUCCUGCUCAUCCUGUUCGCAGAGUGGAUCUGCCGAUGGCGGCUCAACCAAUGGCUGCAACCAUGAGAGGGCUCCCCUGAAGCUUCUCUGUGACAAUAUGAAGUACCAGAUCCUUUCCAGAGCCUUCUAUGGAUGGCUUGCCUACUGCAGACACCUGUCCACCGUGAGGACCCACCUGUCAGCCCUGGUCAAUCACAUGAUCGUGUCUCCGGACUUGCCCUGUGAUGCGGGACGUGGGCUGACAGCCAGGAUCUGGGAGCAGUACCUUCAGGACAGCACAAGUUACGAGGAACAGGAGCUGCUACGCCUCAUCUACUAUGGGGGCAUCCAGCCGGAGAUCCGCAAGGCCGUGUGGCCCUUCCAACUGGGCCACUACCAGUUUGGGAUGACUGAAACAGAAAGGAAGGAGGUGGACGAGCAGAUUCACGCGUGCUACGCUCAGACCAUGGCCGAAUGGCUGGGCUGCGAGGCCAUUGUGCGGCAGCGGGAGCGGGAGUCCCACGCAGCUGCCUUGGCGAAAUGCUCAUCAGGGGCCAGCCUGGAGAGCCACCUGCACCGGAUGAUGCACCGGGACUCCACCAUCAGCAAUGAGUCCUCCCAGAGCUGCAGUUCUGGCCGCCAGCACGUCCGCCUGCAGAGCGACUCCAGCAGCAGCACACAGGUGUUUGAGUCUGUGGACGAGGUGGAGCAGGUGGAAGCAGAAAGCAGGUCCGAGGAGAGACAGCCCAAGAUCCCCUGUGGGAACCUGGUGAAUGGCACCUGCUCCCCGGACUCUGGCCACCCGUCAUCCCACAACUUCUCCUCGGGCCUCUCGGAGCACUCGGAGCCCAGCCUGAGCACGGAAGACAGUGUCAUGGACGCCCCACGGAAUGCUCCUCUGGCAUGUCGGCCUGGGGACGGCAGCAUGGAUGACGGGCAGAGCAGUGAGGCCACCACCUCCCGGGAUGAGGCCCCCCGCGAGGAGCUGGCUGUGCAGGACAGCCUGGAGAGUGACCUCCUCGCCAACGAGAGCAUGGACGAGUUCAUGUCCCUCCCGGGCAGCCUGCCCGAAAAGGAGAGGGCCGUGAUGGAGGGCUGGGGGGGCAGUGAGGUGGAGAAGCACCGCCACGUGGACGGUGAGGACAACCUCUCAGAGGAGCCUGAGAUGGAAAGUCUCUUCCCUGCCCUGGCUUCUCUGGCCGUGGCCACUUCUGCCAACAGUGAGGCGUCCCCUGUGUCUUCCAGCGGCGUCACUUACUCUCCGGAGCUCCUGGACCUGUACACCGUGAACCUGCACCGCAUCGAGAAAGAUGUUCAGCGAUGUGAUCGCAACUACUGCUACUUCACGCCCGCCAACCUGGAAAAGCUGCGGAACGUCAUGUGCAGCUACAUCUGGCAGCACAUUGAGAUCGGCUAUGUCCAGGGCAUGUGUGACCUCCUGGCUCCACUGCUGGUCAUCCUGGAUGAUGAGGCCCUCGCCUUCAGCUGCUUCACGGAGCUCAUGAAGAGGAUGAACCAGAACUUCCCCCAUGGAGGCGCCAUGGACACACACUUUGCCAACAUGAGGUCGCUGAUCCAGAUUCUGGACUCUGAGCUCUUUGAGUUGAUGCAUCAGAACGGGGACUACACUCACUUCUACUUCUGCUACCGUUGGUUCCUGCUGGAUUUCAAGCGAGAACUUGUCUACGAUGACGUCUUCUCUGUCUGGGAGACCAUCUGGGCCGCCAAGCACGUCUCGUCCGCCCACUACGUCCUGUUCAUUGCUCUGGCUCUGGUGGAGAUCUACCGUGACAUCAUCUUGGAGAACAAUAUGGACUUCACGGACAUCAUCAAAUUCUUUAACGAAAUGGCUGAGCGGCACAACACCAAACACGUCCUGAAGCUGGCCCGGGACCUCGUAUACAAAGUGCAGACUCUGAUUGAGAACAAGUGAGGGCCCCCUCACCCGGGCCCUGUCAGCCCCGCCGCCUCCUGCCUGUCCAGCCCGCUCUUCCUCCCGGCCGCCCCGGGAGCAAGGUCCUGAUGUCUGUUCAGGAGCGGGGACUUCUGUGCAAAGAUGAACCACCCCGACUUUGGCCGCCAGGCAGGUGGAGUAGAGGAUCUGCCCCUGAGUUCAGCCUUACGGUUUCCCGUUUGACCAAAGAUUGUCCAAGUCUGGGAUCUCCCCCUCGUGGGAGUUGGGGUAUGUCAGUGGAUGGAGGGAACAUUUCGUUUGUGGUCGUCAGAAAUGUUGAUUCUCUCUUAUUCUGCCCCAACCCCUCCACGCUGUUUAGUCAGAAGAGACUUGGGGAGGGAAUUUUUCUUGGGAACUGGUGUAGAAGAGGUCUGUGGGGCUACCUCUCGAUUCUGAAAGGGGCCUCUGGAGACGUUCCAGAACAUGGCUGGCAGGCUUUGGAGCAGAGUUUCCGCAUCUCGCUUAGUGUUAUUGACACAGUGCCGGGUAAACUCUGUCCUGAGAGGGGCCGUCCUGUGCACUGGAGGAAGUUAAGCAGCAUCCGUGGCCUCAACCUGCAAGAUGCCACUAGGGCCCGUCCCCCACCCAGCUGUGACAACCCCGAGCAGUGCCAGGUAUUGCUGAAUGUCCUCACUGGAGAGCCAGGGCAUAGAGGAGGGGCGCACUCGCAUCUCCUUCCCCUCUGGUUUAACCGCCUGCAUCCUAAGGCCUCUUCCCAUUCAGAAAGGGCACCCGGGACUCCACAUGUCUCUCGACCUCUCUCUCGGGGUCUGGAUUCUGUUUGCUGUCCUCUCUCAUUUCUGUUCUCCUCUCCCUGACCCCAGGAGGGACUUCUUUUCUUCUUUUCAGGAAAGCCUCUCCCUGGAAGAGCAGUGCAACAGUGAGAAGUUUGCUUAGGUGUGAGUUAGCCUGAGUUCCUGUGGGUCCAGCCCAGAGCCCUCCAGGCCGGGCGGAGUCCACAUCCCCUUCACCACCUCCUAGGGAAGACCUGCCUCUCCUUCUGCACUUUGGGUCUGGCGCUCCAAAGCUUGGAAGGUGUGUGCUGCUGAGGCUCCUUCCAGGGAUGUCGGGGAGGCUGGCUUUUCCCCAGGUGCCUCGGUUCAUACAGCACCAAGGAAGAAGGGGAAGGCAGAGGUCAGCCAGGGUAGACCGUCAGGGUGUUUUCCUGGGAAAAACACGCUGAUGAACUCGCACCAGGACCAUGGCUAAGUCUGGAAACGCUCCCCUCCGCGUCUUCACACAAAGGGUCGCCAGUCACAAAUAGACCCUGAGUUAGCUGCCUCACUCCGCCUCCCUGUCCUUCUGAUAGAGCGGUCCUGCCAGCUCUCUUCUGAAAAUGUGCAGGAGGGAAUUGGGAGAAACAGGUUGGAAGCCUCCUCCCCAGGAUGGGAGGUAGGAUUUUGGAGAGGGAAGGAGACUCAUAAGCACAAGGAAGCAUUCAUUCAUAGAGAGGAUACAUGCGUCCUCUGUCCUGAGCAAACCAGGAGGAGAAGGAACUCCCUGUCCUGUGCUUGGAAGGCUGUCCCCUUGGCCCUAGUGCCUUCAGCUGCAUUCGAACCCCCCAGCCUCCCGUGCGGGGCCUCUUGAGCAGAACGGACAAGACCUAAGUGACCCUUGCCCCCAAGGAAUGUGCUCUGUGAGAAUUGCAUCUCCUCGCUCUGGUCCCCUGCCUUCCCAAGACAAGGGGAAAGUGUGCGCAAGACCCCUCCACAUCAAAGUUCACUAGCCACUCAACUCUUCGUCACAGAGGACGUCAUUUAGCUAGACCCAGGUCCCAGACCUUCUGAUUCUAAUUUAUUUUUUUUUUGACAGAUGAGUCCCAAAGUAUAGCACACAAUCUCUUCUCCGCCUUCUCUCGUGGUGUUCCAGAGAAGUGUCUGUGGUUGUGAUUUGGAACAACUCCUAUUUAUUUAGCUUACUGUGCUCAUUUUGGUCUCUGUACAUUGUGUGUGUGUCCUUGUGUCUGGGAACAGAGUGCGUGGGAGUCAUUCUGUCUGUGGCGUGCCCUCCUCCUUUUCUCAGCGUCGCCAACAUAUCUUGUAACUGUUUACUGGAAAGUAGUGUCUAUAUAUAGAGAAAAUAUAUAUAAACAGAGACAUGUGUGAA